AUGACAGUUAACAGCCAGGUCCAUCUGUCCGUCUCCAAGGUAACGCUGUCAGUCGUCCAGCUUCCCGCCCUCCCGGAGGCGGAGUCUCUGUCCUGUGUCUUCGGCCUCCAAUCACCUCAGCCUGCUGUCGUCACGGGAACCAGCAUCACCUGUCAAUCACCUGCGCCGGAGCUCCUCCCACCCAUGCUAACAGGAAGUGAUCACAUGAUCCUGCCCGUGUCGCUGAUGUUCGGUCAUGUGACCAUCACCACGGGUCACAUGACCUUCUACGACUGUGGAGCCGUGAGCCAACUCAACCAGAGCUCCCA